AUUGACUCCUUUAACGAAAACCUCAAAGACUAUUGGUGAGCUUCUGAAUUUAGGAUAAUGGGAAAGGUGCUAUGCUACAUGGUAACGAUAUGACGUUGUUACAUCAGCCGAAUCCGUGGACUUGUUUUAUUGUAAUAAAAUAGCGGACAGAAUUUGAAUUUAUUCUCAUUCACUUGGUGUCAGCUCAUGUGGUUGUGGUGGUUAGGUCUUAGUGGCAAAGAAGGUUUCAAACGCUAGUGAUCUUUUUAAUUUUUUAAGUCUAACUGAUUAUAGAAAAUAAAGUAACUGAGCUAAACAAACAUGUGUGGAAUUUGGGCUGUUUUUGGACUCACUUCUAACAUACAUUCCCAUUGCGCUUCAACUUUUUGCCAAAUUGGUCAUAGAGGUCCAGAUGCAUGGAGAGUUGAGUAUGACAACAAACUUAAGAAUUGCUGUAUUGGCUUCCACCGUUUGGCCAUUGUGGGUUGCAAAUUUGGUAUGCAGCCCAUGAAGUUGCAUCAGUAUCCCCAUUCAAUGCUGAUUUGUAAUGGAGAACUUUACAACUUCCAAAGGCUAGGAGAACAAUACGACUUCGAUUACGAAACCAGAUGUGACGUAGAAUGCAUUUUCCACUUGUACGAAAAGUUCGGCAUCGAAGAAUGUGUUAAGAAUCUAGACGGUGUCUUUGCUUUUUGUCUGAUCGAUGUUCCCAGAAGGAAAGUUUUGUUAGGAAGAGAUCCUUAUGGAGUGAGACCACUUUUCAAAGUGAUAAGUAGCAGCGGUGUCCUAGGAAUCUGUUCCGAAGCCAAAGGUUUGGUCGGUAUUGAGAAAGAUCUAAACGGAGAAUCGAAGAAAAUAGAACCAUUCCCACCUGGAACUUUUGAAGAAUACGAUUUACUAGAAAAUGGUAAAGUAAAACUAGUCCGAAGCCAGAGGUACUUUUCGCCUGGAGAUAGACCAUCGUUCAAACCUUUUUUGCCGUAUGAAGACCUAAUCCCCAACGAUCAUCCAGCUAACAUUAGAAAAUUAUUGCAAAUGUCUGUGAAAAAAAGAUUGAUGGCAGAAAGAAAGAUAGGCUGUAUGUUAUCUGGAGGACUGGAUUCUUCAUUGAUAGCAGCACUACUGGUAAAAGAAGCUAAAUCUGCCAACGUCCCAUAUAAAGUUCAGUCAUUCUCAAUUGGAAUGGGCGACAGUCCGGAUCUCAGAGCCGCCCGCGUUGUUGCUAAACACGUCGGCACAGAUCACCAUGAAGUAUCCUUUACAGAAGAGGAUGUAGCCAAGGUCUUAGAUGACGUCAUAUACACAUUAGAAACACCAGACAUUACCACAAUUCGAGCGUCCAUUCCAAUGUAUCUGAUCUCAAAGUAUAUCCAAGAAAACACAGAAACGACCGUUUUGUUGAGCGGAGAAGGAGCGGAUGAGAUCGCACAAGGGUAUAUUUAUUUCAGAGAUGCUCCUUCACCGCAAGCAGCGCACGAAGACAGUUUACGGCUAUUAAGAGAAAUUUAUUUGUUUGAUGGCUUGAGAGCUGACAGGACAACAGCUUCGCAAAGUUUGGAACUAAGAGUACCAUUUUUGGACCUGCAGUUCACUGACUAUUACCUGAACUUGGAAAAAACACUUAAACAACCCAAAAAUAAUGUAGAAAAGUAUUUAUUACGAUCUGCUUUUGAUGGUACCGAUCUCUUGCCACAUGAAAUUCUCUGGAGGCACAAAGAAGCUUUCAGUGAUGGAGUAGCCUCAAACACAAAAUCCUUGUUCGUGAUAAUUCAAGAAAUAAUCGACAAAAGAAUGCCAGAGCCGUUUGAUUUAGAAAAAGCCAAACAUAAGUACCCACACUGCACCCCGACUACAAAAGAGGCGUACUAUUAUAGGGAAGUCUUCGAAAAGAGCUACCCCAAACUAGCCCAAAACUUUUUGCCUUACUAUUGGAUGCCGAGAUGGUGCGAGGGAGUCACAGAUCCUUCAGCUAGGUUUAUUAAACAUUACGCGGCCGACGAAAAACCAGAAAUCAACGGUCACUAAUAUCUAGGUGUACUUAAAUAACAGGACAAUGCAAAAAUAUGCAUUUUUUAAUUAAUUUAUUAAACAAAAUGAUCUGAAAAAUCAAAUUUUUAAAAUCUGUAUUUUUAAAAACAGAUUAAAAACAAUAACUUUCAAUAUAAUUGAAAGCUAAAAAUGUAACAAAAUAAACGAUCUCUUCAUUGUUGACUUUA